UUAAACACGACUGGAUACGGGCCAGUCAUGCGCAAAUCUGUUCUUGUUGAAUAUUUCUUUUUCGAUAUGGCCUCCAAAAGGUUUUAUCGAAAACAAAAUUAGAGAAUCAAAAAUCUACAAGAACAGAAUUACUGAAUGUGAUCAUCGUUCAUUGGUAAUUUGAAAGUACCGUGAGAAUUUUUCAUAGACUUGGGUCAACCAUGCAAAACUUUGACGAUCUAGACAUAGAGGGACGCAAUCCCUCUCAUUUAUCAGAAGCAGAUAAAGAAAAGGAAGAAUAUGAUCGAAAACGUUUAAUGAGAAGUAGUGUCACUGCUGAAGAUGGCACACUUAGACCUGUGUAUUCUGAAACAGAAGAUGGUGAUAUAUGGUGUCAUAUAUGUAAUAUUGCUUUAUUUGGAGCUCAUAAAUUACUAAAUCAUAAUACAUGUAAUCGUCACAAAAUGAAAUUAAACGAAUGGCCAUAUCCAGUUUUAUUAUGGUCCAAACGAUCAGACAUUGUGAAAACAGCUCCACCUGUACAAUCAACUGCCAUUGGUGAUGGUCUGGCACCUGGAGAACCAGUACCACCUGGUAUGGAAGAUCAAAUAACUAGAACAACUACGAUCCAGAUGAGUCUGGAUCGACAUAGAAGUUCUCCACUUGUUGGUCUAGAAUAUUUACUUGAACUGGUCGAUAAUGAUUCUUGUGAACCAAGUUAUACAUGUGUUUUGUGUGAUAAACGAGGUGAUCCUCGCACUGUUAUGGCUCACAUUGCCAGUUAUAAUCACAGAAUAACUUAUCUAAAUAGACAUUUUCCAACAAUAUCGCGAGCAAUUACGGAAUUACCGCGUACACCUAAUUAUAAACGUGGAGCUAAUGAAAUAUCUGUGUUAGUGGCUAAGAAGAUUGAAGAACGAUUUGGAAGAUUACAACCUCAAUUAGUAGACAAGAAUCAAUUUGAAAAGAAUAAAAUGCAGUAUAUCAAGAGGGUCUAUCAGGAUUAUCAUUUUAGGGAAACGCCAGAGUUAACAUUUAUGGAUGUUUACGAUGUGCGAUGGGUAACAAACUUUGAAGAGAAGAUGGCAGAAAUGACUGGUAAUAGUAAUUCAAAAAAAGAUUCUCAACCUACCGAUGAGAAGCAAGACGAUAAACAUAAAAGUGAAGAUAAGAAAACUGAAAAAUCAUCUCCGAAGAAAACAGAUUCAAAAUCAGAUACUACUAAAUCGGGUUUCAAGAUCCGUAUUCUCACGAGGGAUAAAUUAAAUAUCCGCAAACCUUUAGAUAAAGAUGAAGAAAACAUGAAAAAAUCCCCCAAACGACCCUCUGACGAGACGAAAUCUCUCUCGUCACUUUCGAGUAUAUCAAGUAGUCCGUCGCCAUCGCGUUCGAGAUCACGAUCUCCUAUUCGUAGUCGUAAGGCCAGUUCGGUAGAUAAAAGUGGGAAGUAUCGUAGUAAGUCGCGAUAUUCGCGAGAUCGUACGCGUUCAAGAACUCGUUCGCGUUCACGUUCUCCAGAACCACUCAGAGAACGAGAUAAAUGGGAUAAAUAUCGAGAGCAAAUCAGGCGUGCUGAAGAAACGCUCGAUCGUGCAUUGAAGUUUCAUGAGAAAAAUCCAGAGAAGCAUCCGUCUUAUCCCGAUGAAUGGAAAAAAUUCUGGAAUAGACGGUACAAAGAAUUGCAAGCUGAAGGCAAAGAUCCAAGUAAACAUGACUUUAAGCCGGAAUGGAUUGAAUUUUGGAACAAAAGAAUGCGUGAAAUUCACAACGAACAGUUACAACAGAGAAAGGAAGAGAUCAGGAAGCGAUUGGAAUUACCGGAAGAUAAACCACCGGAAAAAUGGAUCCCAUCGAACAGACGCGAGAGAUCGCCAAAAAGAAGCCGUCAUCGUGUGGAAAGCGAUGACGAAGUAGAGUAUGUUGGUACGAAAACGAUCAAAACGGAUUACUAUGAUCGUCAUGAGAUGAGAGAACGUGAUUACGCGUAUUCUUCGUACAUGCGUGGAAGGGGUAGUAUGUAUAGGAGCAGUUAUUAUCCUCGUGGUAUUCCACCCCGCACAAGACCGAUACAUUACGCAACACCGUAUCCAGUAAAAGAUAAAUCUCCAAGUCCAAUGCCGGAUGAAGUAUUGACCGAGGAUUUAGAAGUGGUUGGUUUAUUACGAUUACUUACAGCACUCGAGGGCCAAUUAGGCUCUCUUGGGCCGAAAAUAGUAUCUCUUCUUUCGAAAGCGUUAGCUGCAGAAAAAGCGAAACCUAAUUCUGCCGAAGAGUUAUUAUACGAUGAAGAAGUGAGUGUACUAUUUGAAACGGUGAAAGAGAAAUUAAAGGGUCAGCUGUUCGCAGGAAUGAUAGAAAAAAUGGCGAUAACGCCAACGAAAACUGCGAUACAAAAUAUUGCUCAAUUGUUGCAUAAAGCGACGGAAAAUAAAAAGAAAAUGGAAGAAGAGAAGAAAAAACGGGAAUUAGAAGCUGCUAGAUCGACUAAUUAUUUAUCUAGAACGGUUUAUCCAAGACCAGUCGAGAUAAUUACACCUGCAAUUAAAUCCGAACCUGUUAGCGUGCCUGGUGUCGGAACUGUAGACAAAGUAGCCAUAGCUCAACAAAUAGCAGCUGCUUUAGUAGCACAAGGUAGAUCCAAUGUAUCACAAGAAGAGUUAGAAACUCUUAUUAAUGCUGUUGUUGGAAUGGCCGAAGCAUCUAAAAAUUCUGACAAACUAGUAACUACUGCAGAUUUCGUUAAAGGAUUAUCAAGUGGUAAUAAUUCUCUUCCUCAGGCUACAUCGGCUGUAUCCACAACUUCGACAACGAUAGAUACAGUGGAACGUCAAACUUCCAGAAUGGAGAGCCUAUCGGAUACAGAUUUAAAAUCGCUUUUACAAAACUUCAAAGAUUUAAGUACUCAAGAACAACACGGGCUUAUCAAUUUCUUAAAAAAAUUAGAAAUAACUGAUCCAGUUCGAGUAGAAAAAUUAAGAGCAUUCGUUAAUUUAGGUACAACACCAAUAACAUCUACAGCGCCAAAAUUAAAAUCUCCAACGCCAGAAAAAGUGGAAAUUACUGCUAAAUCAAAUAGAACUAUUUCACCUUUCUCAAUACGUAAAGGAACUCAAAAUCUUAUGGAGGAGGAAGAUAAAUGGAAGCCUAAAAUAGAUAUGUUUGCAAAUGAUGACGAGGAAGAACAGCAAACUAAAAAUGAGAAUGAAGAUAAACAGAAAACGAAGUUAGAUCUAUCAGACGACGAUGACGAUUAUACAUUUGAGGAUAUAUAUAAGGCAGCGGACAAAAAUGUUAGCGAGAAUGAGAAAGCGAAGAAAAAAUCACGAGGAUUUUCGAAAUCAUUGUCAAAUUCGCCAAGAUCAUGGACGCGUUCUCAUUCACGUUCGAGAUCACGUUCUCCGGUAAGAUCGAAAGAAUUAACAAAAACCAAUGAUCCAAAUGCAAUUUUAAACGAAACCAAGCGAUUAAUAGCUAACAUAAUGGGUGAUCUUCCAAAUAAAUAUGUGCCAAAAUCGCACCUGCCAUUAACAAAUGAAAAUACCGAACAAAAUAUGGCGAAACCUGUAGAGCCAAUAUCUAAUACGUCAACUGCUCCAGUUUCAAACUUUUAUAAUCAAGAAUAUGUUCAAAAUAAUCAACAAUCUUGCUCCCGUCCACAAGGACCUCCUUUAAGUUACCCGAAUAUGUCCAAUCAACAAUUCCAGAAUUAUCCUUCUCAAGUAUAUAGUGGUAAUCAGGGUUACAUGGACAAUAGUUAUAAUUACCAAGGUUACGGUGGUCUAGGAAAUCAGGGUCAAUACAGUGGACCGUCCAUGACAUCGAAUCAAUAUCCGACUCAACAAAAUUAUGAUGGAUCAGCCUAUGCUGGCCCAACUACAGGUCAUUCUAAUUAUCCACAGCAACAACCACAACAACAGUACGGAAAUUAUGUGCAACAACAGCGUUUUUAUUAAAAUGACAUUCAACUUAGGAUCACUUAGUAUAUAUGGAACUUUUACAUAAUUGUAAAUUGAUUUGUAAUUGUUAUUGGACUAGUUUUUACCUUAGACACUAUCUCAGUGUCUAGUGGGAAUGUUUAAAUGUUACUAGUUCAAAAAUCUUAAUUAAGGUCUAGAAAUGACCAGGAUUCUAUUGCGUUUCUAAUUUAAUCAAAUUGUAAAUACGUUUUAAUAUUCGUUAUGUAUCAUUUCAUUAUUAUGUUAAACGGAAGUAUCCUGAUCAUUUCUAUGAGGAAAGAAGAAAAAAAAAAAGUUGAAAA